ACAUCAUAAUGGCGGUGGUUUCGCCUCUGGCCAAGUAUAAGCUUGUGUUUCUCGGCGAUCAAUCGGUCGGAAAAACUAGCAUCAUCACUCGCUUCAUGUACGAUAAAUUCGACACAACCUAUCAGGCUACAAUUGGUAUUGAUUUUUUAUCAAAGACAAUGUAUCUUGAAGACCGAACAGUUCGCUUGCAACUCUGGGAUACUGCUGGCCAAGAGAGGUUUAGAAGUCUUAUUCCAAGCUACAUUAGAGAUUCUUCUGUUGCGGUUAUAGUAUAUGAUGUGGCAAACCGUCAAUCAUUUCUGAACACAUCAAAGUGGAUUGAGGAAGUACGCACUGAAAGAGGGAGUGAUGUCAUCAUUGUUCUAGUUGGAAACAAAACCGAUCUGGUUGACAAAAGACAAGUUUCGAUAGAAGAAGGAGAUUCCAAGGCUCGGGAAUGUAAUGUCUUGUUUAUAGAAACCAGUGCCAAGGCAGGAUUUAAUAUCAAGCCUUUGUUCCGUAAGAUAGCGGCUGCACUGCCAGGGAUGGAGACCCUUUCAUCAACAAAACAGGAAGACAUGGUUGAUGUUAAUUUGAAGCCAACCACAAAUACCUCUUCUGCAGAGCAACAAGGUGGAGGUUGUGCAUGCUAAUGUUGUUUGUACUAACAAAAAACAAAAGAUCGAAGAAAAAAUAGUUGGAAAUUCCCAAAAGGAAAAAAGUGCAGUUGCAUGAUCCAGGGCUCGAGUCAUGCAUGUUCUCUGUGACAAGGGUUCAAUAUUCUUCUUAGACUGGUGGGUAUAGGGGGGCAGGAUUUAAUGUGGUUGCUACUCUGAAACCUUAUUCUCAGUGUUUUUUUUUGUUUUUAUUGUUUUGUUUUGCUUACCAUCCGAGUGAAGCUAGUAUAGUAAUAUCAGCAAGUUUUGAGUUUGUAUGCACAGAUAUGUGGAAAUUUCUAGCUGGAUUGAAGUAUUCUAAAAGGCUGGAUGUUUGAAAAUAAGUCCUUAAUUUUAAAAACAACCUAUUGUGAUAA